GACCUGCAAAUAUGCAUCCCUGGGAAAAUAUAUAUCAUUUCAUUUUGGAUUUUCUUUCCACUUUUACCAUUUAUUAUUUAGCAGCUGUUGUGAACUAUGUCUUACCGGACAUGUGUAUGGAUUCUGUUUGUUUUCGUUUCUUUUUCGGAGUUUUACACAACUGAUGCAUUAUGGGGAACAGGUGAGGACACGACAGCGUUGUUUCAGACAGUUAUCAAAAACGUGCCGACAGAAGUUGCACCAGAUGGAUUGAACGGAGAACCAUUGAUUGUGAAGCAUUCCCUCACGCUGGUCAAUUUAGUGGCUUUGGAAAACAACGUUUUAGUGUUGAACUUAUGGGAAUCAAUGCAUUGGCAAAACCCACGAUUACAAUGGUCCCCCGCCAUGUUUGGGGUCAAGGAAGUGUCCGUCCCUAGCAGGUUACUAUGGCAACCGGACAUUUUACUGUACUUCAGUGCGGAAGAAUACAAGGGAUUUCCGCCUGGUGAUUUAAACGCAUUGGUUCAGCAUGACGGAAAUAUUUCCUUCAUUAUUCCAAAGAUUACAAAAUCCUAUUGCGCCUUCAACAAUGGUGACAUAGCAGCAAAGGCGGAAAUCACGUGCAUGCUUAGAUUCGGCUCAUGGACCAGGUCAGGUUUAGUUUUGAACCUAGAAAAGUACUAUGAGCCAGAGAUUAUGAAUAACGACAACCCACGCUGGAAUGUGACCAGCUUUGUGGCUGAAAAGGAGGUCAUUCACUACCAAUGUUGCCCAGAAACCUUUGUCAGCAUUGUGUACAAACUGACGAUUUUGCCCUUGUAACCUUUGUAACCAACUCUGAAAAUUAGAUGACUGAUUUGAAAUCUUGAU